UCCGCGAUUGCAGUGGUGUGCUCUUUCGGUUUCCUUCCACCUGGUUAUCGCCUGAUAUUCAUUCCCUCGCGGGCCGCGCGCCAGUGGUAACAGUCGGGCCGACAAAAACCGGUGGUUUCCACACGUUCGCCUCAGAAGGGCAUCCGCAGAGGAUCGACAGAAUCCGCCCUAGGCCGCCGACACCAUGAAACUUACGCUGUUCACAAUAUUAGCCCUCUGUAUAAUAGCUGUCUGCAAAUCGGCCGAAGAGGAGUAUGAUUACGAAGAAGAGGUAGCAGCGCCCGUGACGCCGGCGCCGACGAAGCCAGCAGGUGGUCGACUGGGAGGUCUUCUAUCUUCGAGGGGACGUGCCACAAUACCAAAUGUAGGAAAAAAGAAAACACCGGCACAAUCAACGACGUCAAAGCCAAUAGAACAAGCACCCGAAGAAGACGAAGUGGAAGGUGAAGACGAGAUUGAUGAAAGUCAGGAAAACGAGGCGCCCACGACGACAACCGAAUCUGCGAAAAAACUUCGGAAUAAUGGUGGCGUCAGGCCUUUCAGAUCAAACGAGGAUCUUUUGGCUGCCUUGAAGAGGCGAAGAGCUCAGACAGGACCCAGUAAUCAGUCACGUGAAACAGCUGCCACGCAUACUGCAGCGGAACAUACCACAGCCAAGUCAAAAGCCACCACAAGUAAUCGUAGCAAGACAAGUGCAGGUGGCGAAGUAAAAACAUCAGGACGCGGUAGGUUCGGAGGAAGAGGAAAGACUGUUCAAGAAGAGGUCGAGGAGACACAACGGGAGGAGGUCCAAGUAAAACCCAAAGCCAGCUCCUACCGCAGGCGCAGUUAAACCGGUCGCUAUUUCGUGAUGAGAAUUGUCUAAGUUUGUUAAUUUCUUAGAACGCGCAUCAAUCGAAUUUCAACAACCGAUCAGCGCCCGAAAACCGUUCGUCGUUCUUCUCACAUUGUACAAUUUUGUAAAACGAUCCUGCUUGCCGAAUUCUUAGAAACUCAAACAGAACAAAAAGUCAUUCUGACAUGGUGUUAAAUGUCUUCAAAAUAAUUAUUAAAAAUCAUUCGAUCAGUACGGUUCAUUUUAACGUCAUUCUGACGUUGUCGUGACUCGUUUUGUCUGUGAAUGUGAUUUCGACUUCUGUGUAUACAGCGGAUUUUUUUAUAUACAAUUAGCGCAUAAUAAGAAUUGUAUAAAUACAUUUUGAACACGAGUUAUAUGAAGACACCACGUUUUUCUUAAAGACAGUUUUGUUUAUUUACGUUUUACUGCGCGGUAUUAAAAAUAUGAACGAUCAUUACUAGAAAAAUACGACGGGUGUUAAUCGAAAGGAACAAGAUCUUCCUCUUAAUCAGGGAACACAUAAAAGUCAACAAAAAAUUAAAAUAAUUUUUAUUUUAAUUCUUAACGUCAAUAAACAGUCAGAUUUUAUAACCAAGAAUCAUCAUAUUGACUUUCAUGACGUCAAAAUAAAAUAAUUCUUACUUCCUCUUGGUGUGUUCCUUGGGUAAUCAUACUAAUUUUCGAUUGACGCGUGUAUAAGGGAUGAUGGAAUAGUGAUGUGUACAUAGCAAAACACUGUCGUCCGUCAAGCACCUAAAUCACCUAUUGUAUAAAUGUAAAUUAAUGUGACAAUAAAGUUUCUCUGGAA